AUUACCAAUCCUAAUGUUGAGAACCUUGAUCUCGUCCACCCAUUUUCCUAUCCGGAUCUUGGAGUAGACCAAUUUCUCCACUAUAAUCUUAAAUUUUGGUAUCUUGGGGAACAGACCCAUUUCUCCUAACUCUCUCACUCCCUCCCCCACUUAUAUUCAUCUUUUUUCUCAGCUUUCAUCAAACUCUAACCAGGCAACAAUAUAUCUUAUUUCAAUCUUCAAGACUUCAACUGGUCUGUAACUAUUUUAGCCGCUUAUCCUUUCAAAUUAUCCAUAUUUCAAUCAUCACUAAAUGGAUAGAUUACCUAAAUGUGCUGCAAAUUAUACUCCUCUGACAUUCUUGCAAAGAGCUGCAUCAGUUUAUCCUGAUCGUAUCUCUGUCAUCUAUGGUCGUACCCGUUUCACUUGGAGACAAACUCAUGAACGAUGCCUCCGCCUUGCUUCAUCUCUCCGGUCACUAAACAUUGGCAAGAAUGAUACGGUGUCAGUACUAGCACCAAAUGUGCCAGCUCUUUAUGAGAUGCAUUUUGGUGUUCCCAUGGCUGGAGCUGUAUUGAAUGCAAUAAAUACAAGGUUUGAUGCGAACAAUAUUGCAACGAUUCUCAAGCACUCAGAAGGCAAAGUAUUUUUUGUCGAUUAUCAGUAUGUUCCAGUGGCAAAUGAAGCAAUGAGACUACUUUGUGACUCACUUGGAAGUACAAUCUCUCAAUCGUCGAUACCACUUGUUAUCGUGAUCGAUGAUGCUGAUUCGCCAAAAGGAAUGCGAUUCAGCGAGCCAGAAUAUGAAAACUUGUUGAGAAAUGGAAACCCUGAUUAUGUACCAUUUAGUGAUCGGAUAUUGGAUGAAUGGGAUCCAAUUACACUGAAUUACACAUCGGGUACCACAUCUGCGCCAAAAGGAGUCGUGUAUAGUCAUCGAGGUUCUUACCUGAGUUCGCAAAGUCUAAUCUUACAAUGGGAGAUGAAAAGUGAGCCAGUUUAUCUUUGGUCGCUUCCUAUGUUCCAUUGCAACGGGUGGACAUUCACUUGGGGAGUUGCAGCACGAGGAGGAACUAAUGUUUGCAUUCGUACCACAUGCGCUGAAGACGUGUACCGUGCCAUCGCAGAACAUAAAGUUACACAUGUGUGUUGUGCUCCAGUCGUAUUCAAUAUUCUCUUGGAGGGGAAACAUAAUCAACAAUCACUCCUAAGCCAUCCUGUUGAAGUUCUCACAGGAGGUGCAGCACCACCACCAGCCUUAUUAGAGAAGAUUGAGAAACUGGGCUUUCAUGUAACGCAUGCUUAUGGCUUAACCGAAGCAACAGGACCAGCAUUAGUUUGUGAAUGGCAAAGAAAAUGGAAUGUAUUACCAGCUCAUGAGCAGUCAAAACUGAAAGCAAGACAGGGUAUUAGUGUUCUUUCUCUUGCAGAGAUUGAUGUGAAAGAUUUGGAAACAAUGGCCAGUGUACCAAGAGACGGAAAAUCGGUAGGGGAGAUCGUUUUACGGGGAAGUAGUGUUAUGAAGGGUUAUUUCAAAGAUGAAGAAGCAACACGGAAGGCUUUUAAAAAUGGUUGGUUUCUCACCGGCGAUGUUGGUGUUAUACAUCCAGAUGGGAAUUUCGAAAUUAAAGAUAGAUCAAAAGAUGUGAUCAUUUCAGGGGGAGAAAAUAUUAGCAGUGUCGAAGUUGAGUCGGUAUUAUAUCGACACCCUGAUGUUUUAGAAGCUGCUGUUGUUGCAAUGCCUCAUCCAUUCUUCGGCGAAACACCUUGUGCUUUUAUUACAGCGAGAUCAAAAUGUGUUACCAAGAAUGAAGAAACUAAGAAAGAAAGAGAGAUAAUUGAAUUUUGUAGAAAAUCUCUUCCUCAUUUUAUGGCUCCUAAGAAGGUAAUGUUCCUGGAGGAGCUCCCAAAGACUGCCACAGGAAAAAUUCAGAAAUUUGUAUUGAGGGCUUUGGCGAAAACAUACAACCUGAACCCACCUAGAACCUCAUCAACACCACAGAUUAAGAGUAUUGAUCAGCAAACAAUAACUUAUGUACCUAAUGAUCAUCAACAUCCUAAGCUUGAGCAAGUUCUUGCUAUGUCUCGUCUCUAAGUUGAGGAUGCUAAAAAUAAUGCGGAUGUUCUUGCCAGUAGUAGUGUCUUGUCGAAUUGUCAUUUUUUUUACAAAGCUUGUAU